AUGAAACUGAGCAAAGCAUUCAACAAAACCAAACUUCUGAAUGCCGGUUUGAGCAGUGAAGAAGAAUUCUCACAGAAACAUUCUGUAGAGGGUUCUGAGGAGACAUGGGUUCUACAUGCAACAAAAAGACUGAAAGAUCUGAAGCACAGUACCAAAAUGUUUCCUGAAGGCGAGCAGGCAAUCUCAACAAAGGCUGGAACUUACCUGGUCAGUGUGACUGAAUCUGCAACAAGGAUUGCUCCAUAUGACCAGACCUCAGGUGAUAAAGCCCCUUUGCAGAGACCAACUGAAACAUGGCCUUCUCCCAUCCUCAAGAAAAGCAGCUCUUCCAAUGGUAAAAAGAUGACUACAUCACAGACCUUUGAUGCCCUAAAUGACAAAAGAGCAACUGAGGUUGCAUCAACAGAGAUGGAUGAUGGCAGGCCACCCCCACCAGAAAAACUGGUUCUUCCAGAUGUUCAAAGGACAGCUGGAACAAGCCUCUCUCGCCUCUCCCAAGGUGCCACAUGCAAGCCCAAGACCUACAUUGUUUUCCUGAAAGUGCACAAGAGCGCCAGCAGCACUGUCAUGAACAUCUUGUUCCGCUUUGGUGAGACUCGUAACCUCACCUUUGCCUUGCCGGUCAAUGGUGCCAGUCAGUUAUACUAUCCCUAUUAUUUCACAGCAGCGGCUGUGGAAGGAUUUUCUCCGAGCAAAGCAUCCCAGUUUAACAUUGUGUGUCAUCAUAUGAGGUUCUUUAAGCCAGAGGUUGCCAGAGUCAUGCCAAACACUACCUUCUACUUUUCCAUUCUCCGGAAUCCUGUUCAUCUCAUGGAAUCUUCAUUUACCUAUUACAAAGGAGCAUCCUCAUUCACCAAAGCCAGGAGCCUGGAGCAAUUUCUCAACUACACUUCUUGGUUUUACAAUGCCUCAGCUACAGACAGCCAUUAUUCCAAAAACCUAAUGACAUUUGACUUUGGGUACAACCACAAUGGGAACUUCUCAGCAAAGCAGGUCCAAUUCAUGCUGCGAGCAAUUGAGUCCGAAUUUGAUCUUCUCCUGAUCUCAGAGUACUUUGAUGAGUCCAUGGUGCUACUGAAGAAAGUCUUGUGUUGGGAUCUGGAUGAUGUGGUUGCCUUCCCUCUUAACAGCAGGCACAAUAGCACCAAGACUCCCCUGUCAGAAAGUACUAUAGAGAAGAUAAAGUUCUGGAACAAACUUGACUGGGAAAUCUACAUGCAUUUCAAUAAGACUUUCUGGGAAAAGAUAGACUGGCACAUUGGCAGGGAGCACUUGCAGGGGGAAGUGAGGGCGCUGCAGCAGAAACGGGAGCAGCUGGCAAGGAGUUGCCUUCAGGGAGGUGGCAGUGUAGCCCCAAAUAUGAUCAUAGACCCAGCAAUAGCACCAUUGCAGUAUGGCAGUGCAAGGAUUCUGGGCUAUAACUUGAAGCCUGGGUUAGACAAGCCAAGGAGGAAGAUGUGCCAGCGCUUGGUGACACCUGAACUUCAGUACAGCAGGCUCCUGUAUAGACAACAGUUCCCCAAGAAAGCGUUGUUGUUCAGCAAGACAGCUCACUUACCAAAACAAUACCACCGCAGAACAGUUUUAAGAAGAAAUAUGCGCGAUACAUUUGUUUGA